AUGUCCGACGUUUCCUUUUGGAUGUUGCAAGCUUCGUGGAAAACUUUAUAUACCCUGUUCAGAGUAUAUAUAAUUAACAUCACUUAAAACAAAUGCAAACAACUCCGUUCAUCUCAGCCCUUAGCACUGGAACCACUUAAAUUGAUUAAACAAUUUAUUUCUUAAUUUGGCUCGAAUUGUUUGUCUGUCGAUUUUUACUACGGAAAAAAAUUUAACAACUAUUUUUUUUGUCUAUUUUACAAUGGAAUCACGGCUACGGAUCGUUGAAAAUGUUGCAAAAGUAUUGCCUCCUUCGCGUCGUCCAUCCACCUCUGUUGUAUGCAAAUAAGAAUUUUUGGGAGAGUUAUUGUUUUGGUGGAUUUUAGACCGAAAAUCUUAAAAAAAUAAUAUAAUAAAAUUUCAACACCCAAAUAAAACGAUUUUCGACAUAUUUUUCAGAUAUCUACAAUUUUCCAUAUGCUAUCUCUUUCACGAACGGUCCUCCGAAGUUCAAAAGUAAGAAAUAACUGUAAACCUUGUCACCCUGUGAACAAAACGCAGUUACCUGCACUACCUGACUGAUCAAACAUUCAACGUAUUCCACAAACAAAUAAUUGUCACUACGCGUCGAACAGCUGUGUUUGUUUAUUGAAAAACUAGACAACUUCUUGGUUACCAGUUUUGUUUACUCACUUUUUACUUCCACAAACAAUAGAACAAAUGUCAGGUAGAUUAAUUUUUCUUUUAAAAAAGAUUUUUGAAGCCUCGAAAAAAUUCAUAAAAAUAUGAUAAGUUAUUGAUAAAUAAAAAGCGGAAAUAACUGGUUUAAGAAAGAUAUUUGCGAAAUAUUUGACAACUAAAUUAGCAAUCUAAAAUUUAAAACAAUUUGCGAAAAGACAUCACCCGUUAAACGAAGAAAGAGCAAAAGCACGAAUCUCAAAGACAAAAUAAAGUAAAGUCGCUAACAGCAAGAAUCAGAAGAAGGAAUCCGAAGAAGUUUCAAUACAAUGCCGCCAAAAAAGGGUAAAGGAAAGAAGGGCAAGAAGGCGCCAAUGUUAAUUGAUGGCGUGGACACGUCCACCAUGACGCGAGACCAGCUGGAGCAGUUCGCGUUGAAACUGAAGGAGGAGAUGGAGCGUGAACGUGAAGAGCGAAACUUCUUUCAAUUGGAACGCGACAAAAUACGCACAUUCUGGGAGAUCACUAGGGGACAGUUGGAGGAAACCCGCUAUGAGGUUCGUCACAAGGAUCACGAAGUGGAGAUGGCACAAGAGCUGGCUGAUGUCGACACAAAACAUAUUAUGCAACAAAUGAAGCAUCUACAGUAUGAAAACCAAAACAAAAUUGGCGAAAUACGUGCCGAGGCCAUGACACAGCUCAAGCUAGCACAAGAGGAUCAUGUAGCACAGGAGCAGGAGUUGCUGAAAGAUAAGCGCGAUUUGCGACGUCUAUUGCGGGAGCACGAUGAAACGCAUGAACUGCAAAUUCAGCAGCUGAAGAUGAAACAUAACGAUGAGAUGGCCGAAGCGCGCAUACAAUUCCAACGAGAAGCAAAAGAUAUGGAACUACUACAUGAAGAGAAAAUGAAGGCGCUGAAAAACGAAGUCGAACUGGUGUACCGCAUGCAAAUGUUUGAGGUUGAGGAACGUAAAAACACACAAAUUCAACGUUUGAUUGAAAGUCACGACACCGCCUUCAAUGACAUGAAGAACUACUACAAUGACAUCACGCUGAACAAUCUGGGUCUCAUCAGUAGUUUGAAAGAACAACUUGAAGCGUUGCGUAAACAGUCCGAACGCAGUGACCGUACAGCCGCUGAAAUGCUUGCUGAAAAUCGCAAGCUAAAAGAACCGCUCGAGGCAGCUCAAACAGAACUUUCCGAUUUGCGUCGGAAGAUGGAGCAUUUCGAGCGCGAUCGCAAUCAACUGGCGCGUCUCAAAGCACGCAAUACUUAUAUAGAAAAGCAGUUGAAGGCGCUGACAUGGGAGACCGAAACGCUGCUAUUGCGUAACGACACGCUCAAAAAGGAGCGCGAAGAACUCAAAUUGAAAUUCGACGAUGUCGUUAUGGAGCUGCAACAGAAGACAGGCUUAAAGAAUGUGCUGCUUGAGCGCAAGAUAUCCAUGAUGGAGCGUGAGGGUGAGAAGCGCGAUUUAUUGCUCAAACAAACACAAAUGAUCUGCGGCGCUUCCGGCGAUGUUACACAAAAUAUGCAGAAACAAAUUAAUAUGUCGUUGGAUGAGAAGAAUAAAUUAAUUGACGAGCUGCGCUACGAGCUGGUGCGCGUCAGCAAAGCGCACGAUGAUCUACUCGCCACGUACGAAUCCAAGUUGACGCAGUUCGGCAUACCACAGGAUGAAUUGGGCUUCGAACCGCUGCGCCUGUCAGAGAAGCAUCGUUAUUUAUGCGGACCAGCUGGCCUGGUGACCAAAAAUCAAUGAAGAACUCCUGCCAAUAUGUCAACGAUGCAAACACGCUUGUCGGUUUGGCAUGUUUCUUAUUUUCGUUCUUUUUUUUUUUUGUUUUGUUCGUGCACUUUGUAUACGCUUUAAGCUGGCAUUAACGCGAGAGGCUAAUGGACUGAAUGGAAGGUAGUAUUUUGUUAACUUUUGAAACAUACAAGCAAGCAUAUUUUUUAAAAUAUACAUACUACAAAUAUACGAGUCUGUGUGCGUAGCUGUGUGCCAUACUUUUA